GGGUUUUACUUCUCUCCUAGGGUUUUACUUUUCAUCAUUUUAGGGGUUUUGUAAAGUGGAGAGAAAAGCAGAAGAAGAAGACAUGGCGACUGGUAAUGUGUUUGGGAAGUUAUUCGGGCCUCUAAUGGCUGCCGCUAAGAGUUCCGCUUCACAGACGGCUGUCGCUAAGAGUUCGUCUUCUGAGACGGCUGUUUCCGCCACGAAAACUGCUCCCCGUCUGGUUGGUAUCCUGAAGCCGGUGAAGGUAUCUCCUGCCCUCGCUAACUUCCUCGGCGUUACUGAGGCCUCUCGAACUGAUGCUGUACGUAAGAUUUGGCAGCACAUCAAACAGAACAAUCUACAGAAUCCAGAAAACAAGAAGGAGAUAUUUUGUGAUGAGAAGUUGAAGACAAUAUUUGAGGAGAAAGACAAAGUGGGGUUUCUCGAGAUUGCUAAAUUGUUGAAACAACAUUUUGUAAAAUCUUAGAUCGGCCGAUAUUGAUUUCCUAACUUUUGAUCUUAUCUUAUAAUUCUGAUGGUAAGUUUCAUGUUCAUACAAACCUCUCAUUGCACAAUUAUUGAGAAUGCAGAGAAUCUUGUUUCUUUUUCUCCCUUUUGUACAAUGAACUUCCUUAUGUCUUAUGUUUUGACCUUUGUGCUUUAUGUUAUGUCUUUUUUGAAAAAGUUAAGUUUGUAUUGAGUUGAGAUGUCUA